AUUGGUCCGUCUGCAGCUGCCCCGAGCCAAUCAGCAUUAGAUCCGAUAAAUGCGCAUCUCUCCGUCUGCUAUAAUAAUUAUAUUGAGUUUUUAUAUUGAACAGACGCGUGCAUAGUGAAGGUGUUCCGUUAAAACAUCCCGGUGCUUUCAUCCGUUACAUGUCGCCCGUGACGCGGAGGCAGAAGCUCCGGGUGGAAAUGGCGGACGGAGAGAGACGGUCGGUGCAGAAUCGGGAAAAAUGAGCGAAUCCGAAACAACGCCGACUUUCAUUACUGGCCGUAUGCGAUAAAACGCGCGCGCGCUCCGGACAUCCGAUUUCACUGAAGCGGACGCAUCGCGUUUAUUACGGUCGGUGUGUUUAUUAUCACUGCGGGUUUAUAACAUGCUCAUGUACCCGCUGUUAUUCUCUUCCAUGUAUACUGUAAGUAAUGAUAGAUGCUCCAUUGUGUGACGUGUUACACUGAACACAUCCGGCCGGUCUCUUCCACUGCAGGCCUACAGCAACGCAUUACACUCACUACAACACAAACACACUGCUGACCUUUAAUAUGCAGUAACACACACACAACUGUUCCAUGUUUGCAUGCGUCUCUCAUACAACACAUUUCAUUUGUGCUUCUACAUUAGAAUUAUAGUUGAUUUGAUCUGUUUUACUUCUGCUCAUUCAGAUGGUCCUGACAGCAUCUGUGGACACCUGUGUCCUUCGCCAGGCUCUGAGGGGUCAGACGUUGUCGCCAUAGCAGCAGUUCUGGAGGAAGAGGAGGAGCGAGUGUUUCGGUGGCGCCACGCCCUUCUGCAGGGUAUGGAGUACCACAGUUCGGGGACGUUGCCCCUCUUAGGCAGCCCACGCUACUGCCCAGGAACUAACAGCGCCAGCGGCUACCUCUGCCAGACCGGCCACUGCUGCCAGGAGACGGGCUGCUGUACCUACUACUAUGAGCUGUGGUGGUUCUGGCUGCUGUGGAGUGUCCUCAUCUUGUUCAGCUGUUGUUGUGCGUAUCGUCACCGGCAGGCGAAGCAGCGCAUUCAGCAGCAGCAGAGACAGAGAGAGAUCAACCUCAUGGCGUAUCACGGAGCGUGCAGUUACCCCUCCUCCAUGUUUGACCUCAGUUUCCUUGCGUCCCUCAAACUACCGUCCUAUGAGGAAGUAGCUGCCCAACCAAGCACCCCGCCCCCUCCCUACAGCUCUGUCAGUUAUCCGCGAGGCUCCGCCCACCCUGGCCCGAGUCACAUGCUGUCAUCCCAGAGCUCUGACAACUACACCAGCUGCUCCUGUGACUCCUGCUGUCCGUCAUCCCCCUGUAGCUCCUCCCCCUCCUCUGCUCAACUCACAGAUGAGACGGAUACAAGCAAUGCCUCUACGCCCUCCCUCAAUGAGCCAGGACACACCCACUCCACAGCAGUGGCUACACACGGCGAGACUGUUUCAAUGCCACCAAUCAACCAAUCUCCUACGCUCUGCACGGCAGAGGUACUGGAGGCGGAGCUAACAGACUCCACCCCUUUGGACUGCAACGACAACAACACCGUCGCCCCAAUCAGCAUCAAGCCUUCGAAGAAAAGCACAGAUAAUGUUAGUAAUGCCACGGAAAUAUGUAACGCAUCGCACGCAAAAAGUACUAACAAUAUUUGCACCGAUAGUUGCUCAAACAACUCCAGCAGCUUUAGUUCUAUCAUUAGUCCGACAGCGAAGAACAUCACCAGCUUUUCAAGACAAAAUGCCACAGUAACCGCUCCUCUCUCCGCAACUCCUUCGCCCUCUUCCACGUCUCUACAGCUCUUUUCGAUCUCUGACCCGCUAGGCGUACGUUCUGAUCUGCAAAAUUCCGCAACACAAGGGCCUGUACAAGACACCCCCUUUGCCCCGCCUCCACAGUCUCCGCCCAGAUCCGCCCUCUUUUCUCCCGGCGUUGAAACCGAGCGUCGCGAUUCCGCCGUCAGCGACUUGGACGUGGACCAAACGCACUUCCAGCAGCGGCGGCUAACCGGCGACUCUGGCAUCGAGGUUUGUCGCUGCCGUAUUGAGCGGGAAGAAGAGGAUGAGGACGAAGAUCAGUUACAGACAGAGUCGGCUGCUGAGCUAAACGACGGUCUCCAUGACAGCCCGGACUGUUCCGCUAGAGCCAGACAGUCGCCGGCGGAAGGGGGCGGAAAAGAUGCGUGGCCUGUCUCCCCGGUCCCUCUGCCGGUGGAAGCAGUCGUUAUUGCCAUGGAAACUGACUGAAGGUUGACCAAAAGUGUGUGAUGGAAAUCCAGCGCAUACACGCUUAGUGUAAUUGUUUGCGCCAACAUCGGUUCUGGGCUCAAACCGCCGACGCGAGAGCAACUGUAAAGAUUGACGUUAGAAGUUACGCAACAUUAAUCUUCGAUCUGGUCUUCGGUCUUAGGGUUAUAUAUCUCUGUCCGUCUCUGUUUUCUAUUCUUUGUGUUUCUCUGUUGUUUGUCUGAGCACUUACACACUAGAGAAACUAUGACGGAGUGUUUGACGGAGAGGAAUGUGUAAGAUGCGUUAAAAGAGGCGGGAGAGUUUAAAUUCAAAGCGAGAAUAAAGAUAAACGGAUGGAAAGCACAACUCGAGCUUGUCUGAAUAGACGCUACGUUGGUUAAAAUGUUGGCAACAGUUGAUGCAAAACUUUUAAUUUUUCGUGUACAUCCUUUCCAUGAAUGCAGUGGACUCAUGUGUACAUCAGUAUGUUUGACAAACGACAAUGUUCGGACUUUACCAGCGAAUCGGACCCUCAAAGUGUGACUGUCAAGCUGCUUCUUUCACUCAUUUCCUUAAAAAACACCAACAUUUGUGAUAUAACAACACAAACUGCACAGUUACAUUAAGUCAGUAGGAAUGCCAAGAUGGCCGUUUUUCACUCUCAAUAAAAAGCAUUUUAUUCUGGAGUUCUGGAGCGCGACGGAACCCACUAGGAUGCUCCAGAACCGCAGC